AUGAGCGCCGACGACUACUUCGGCCCGCAGGUGCGCGGCUAUUUUGACUUCACCGUGUUGUUCGAGCAGAGCAUCCUCUCCAUCCUGCCGACCGCUCUGUUCAUUCUCCUCGCCCCGUUCCGCGUCACUUGGCUCCUCCGCAAUGAUAUCCGUGUCCGUUCGGGAACGCUGCUGUGGCUGAAGCUGGCCGCGGUCGCUGUGUUCCUGUGUCUUCAAAUCGUCCUCAUGGCACUUUGGGCCCUCCCCUCAACCCCCAGCGCCUCAACGUCCAUCGCGGAAAGCGUUCUAGGCCUCAUUGAGGCCGUCGCCCUCGGUGCCGUGUCCUAUGUGGAGCACAAGCGCUCCAUCAGACCGUCGGCGCUGCUCGGCGGCUACCUCGUCCUUACCAUUGUCUUGGAUAUCGCACUGGCGAGGACGUUUUGGAUUCGAGAUGGCCUGACAGCCGUCGCUGCCGUCUUCACGGCUUCGUUGGUGGCCAAGGUUGUCAUGCUCGUUCUGGAAGAGACGCCUAAACGCGCACAUCUUCCCGGGACCGAGAAAGGUGCUGCCGUAGAAUCUACGACCGGUGUCGUAAGCCGGAGUCUGUUCUGGUGGUUGAACGGCUUGUUCUUCCAGGGCUUCAAGCUUCUUAUUGGUCUGGAGGAUCUGGGGGCCAUCGAUCCCAAGUUUGAUUCGAAGCUUCUGCUGGGCAAGCUGGACCGAGCCUGGUCCAAGAGCAAGAAGGAUAGCAAUUGGAGUUUGAUCAGGAGCACUUUCUGGGCAUAUCGGACCACCUUCCUCGCGGGCGUGCUCCCUCGCAUUCUCUUUGCGGGCUUCACCUUCUCCCAGCCGUUCCUCGUGAACCAGAUUGUCAACUUUGUGGGAAGCCCCUGGACAGACGACUCGCGCAAUGUCGCGGCUGGUCUUGUCGGCGCGACGGCCCUGACCUAUAUUGGACUCGCUGUCUCGCGCUGCUGGUACCAGCACAUGACGUUCCAGCUCGUGACCCUAUUCCGCGGCGGCCUCGUCUCUCUCAUCUUCAAGAAGACGCUCGACCUGGACGCGUCGGCCAUCACGGACUCGGCGCCGGUGACGCUCAUGAGCGUCGACAUCGAGAACAUUGCCGUGUCCAUGACGUUCCUCCAUGACGUUUGGGCCACGGCUAUCGAGCUCCCCGUCGGCGUGUACCUACUCUACCGACAAGUCGGGCCUCCUUGUUUCCUCCUUCUCAUCCCUGGAGUCCUUUGCACCGCUCUCACGACGAAACUGUCCGCGCGCAUGGCACCGGCGCGAGUUGCCUGGAACCAGGGCGUGCAGAAGCGCGUUUCCAUCACCUCGUCCAUGCUAACGCAGAUCAAGGGCAUCAAGAUGAUGGGCCUGACGGACCGGUUCUCAGGCAUCGUGCAGAAGUUGCGCGCCUCGGAGCUGAGGCUCUCGGUCAAGUUCAGAAUUCUCAUCACCAUCCUCAGUGUAAUAGCCGGCAUCGCCCAGCAACUCACGCCCAUUGUCAUCAUUGCCGCUGCGGUUUUCUGGACAAAGGCGGAGCAGGGCCUCAGCAUCGCCGAGGCCUUCACGGCGCUCUCCAUCAUCGUUUUGGUCUCCGGCCCCCUCAUAAAGUUGAUCGCCUCCAUCAUGCAGCUCAUGGGCUCUUUCGGGUGCUUCACCCGUAUCCAGGAGUUCUUGCUCCUCGACGAGAUCGUCGACCAGCGACAAAUCAUGGCGGCCUCCCCUAGGUCUUCGCUCGACUCUGCAAACCUGCUCCCGAGUCUCCACGGCUCGGAUUCACAGCCGCUGUCGCCUGCAGUAGUCGAAAAGACAAAUGUUGUUGAGCUUCGGCCUCUGAAGACUCAGAGGCGCUUCACCUCGUUCGGCGACGAUACCCCCUUGGUGGCCCUCACCGAUGCGACAAUCGUCCUCAAGGACGGGACCGAAAUCCUCAAAAGCGUAUCCCUCGCCCUCCGCCAAGCCACCGUAUCAAUGCUUGUCGGGCGCGUGGGAUGCGGCAAGUCAUCCCUCAUGAAAGCCAUUCUCGGCGAGCUUGGCAUCUCGAAGGGAAGCAUAACGCUGCACACCUCCUCCGUCGCGUUCUGCGACCAGUCCGCCUGGCUGCGCAACAUCAGCGUCAAGGACAACAUUAUUGGCCAGACGCCCUAUGAUCCUGCCUGGUUCUCCGCGGUUGUUCGUGCUUGCACUUUGGACGAGGACAUUGCGCUGUUCCCCAGGGCUGAAGACACCAUUGUCGGCACGGGCGGCGUAGCAUUGAGCGGCGGCCAGAAGCAGAGAGUGGCACUGGCUCGCGCCGUGUACUCGCGCAAGAAACUACUCCUCCUUGACGACGUGUUCAGCGGUCUGGACAACUCGACCUCCAAAGCCGUCUUCCAGCGCCUACUGGGUCCCGACGGCCUCCUCCGCCAGGCCGGCAUGACCGUCCUCCUCGCAACCAACCACGUCAACUUCCUCCCCACCGCUGAUUGCAUCACCAUGAUCGAAGACAACGCCAUCCUCCACAACCAGGUCUCGUUUGACUCCGUUCCCCGUUCCGUCUGGGGUCAUCUCGCCGAGGAAGUCAAGGGCAAAGAGUCAGAGCAGGAGGCCGCCAAAGAGGAUGACAAGCCCGUCGAGACGGCAAAAGCUCCUAUCAAAGCAGACACGCCUCCCGCCGCACCGCGGGCCACAGAGGCCGAGCUGACGAGGCAGACGGGAGAUAUGGACUGUUAUCGCAUUUACACCAACUCCAUCGGCUGGCCCAUCUUGAUUGUGUUUCUAUUGCUAAGUGUUUUGUACGUGGGCUUCACGAAGAUGCCGCAAAUCUGGCUGCGCAUCUGGACCGAGAAUGGCACGACCGACCGGCCGGGGCUGCAUUUCGGCAUCUACCUCAUGUUCGGCCUCCUCAGCCUCCUUCUCAACGGCGUGGCCGUCAGCGCCCCCUUAUACUUCUUUACGACAACAGACAGCGGCGUGACCCUCAAUCGCUUCAGCCAGGACAUGGCUCUCAUCGACCACCGCCUGCCCAUGUCCGCCUUCGCCACCCUCGUCAGCUUCCUCACUGUUCUCGCCGAGACGGCCAUCAUCGCCUCGGGCGCCACGUACGCCGCGGCGCUCAUCCCCCCGUGCCUGCUGGCCCUCUACUUGUUGCAGAAAUACUACCUCCGCACUUCGCGCCAGCUCCGGCACAUCGACCUCGAGGCCAAGUCCCCGCUCUUCACGCACUUCUCCGAGGUCCUCGCGGGCCUGCCCACCCUCCGCGCCUUUGCCUGGCGGCCCGCGAUGCUGCGCGAGAGCUGCGCUCUGCUCGACGCCUCGCAGCGGCCGUACUACCUCUUCUUCUGCGUCCAGCGCUGGCUCAACGUCGUGCUGGACCUCUUCAUCGCCGGCAUGGCCGUCGUGCUGGUCGCGUUCGCGCUCUAUUUUUCUCACACCACGACAAAGGGCGCCAUCGGCCUGGCCAUGGUGAACAUAAUCAACUUCAACCAGACACUAGGCGAGUUCAUCGAGAUGUGGACGAUGCUGGAGACAAGCCUCGGCGCCAUCGCGAGGCUCAAGUAUUUCAUGGAGUACACCCCGCGCGAGGACCGGGCCUGCGAGACGGACGAGCCGCCGGCCGGCUGGCCUGCAAGCGGAAAGAUUGAGCUCGACAACGUGACCGCCGCGUACAGCGACGCAACCGACCCCGUCAUAAACAACGUCUCCCUGACGAUUCGCCCGGGCCAAAAAGUCGGCAUCUGCGGCCGCUCCGGGUCCGGCAAAUCCUCGCUGCUCCUCACGCUCCUCCGCCUCCUCGACACCAGCGCAGGCGACCUCUCGCUCGCCUCCGUCUCCCUCCUGACCCUCCCACGCUCCUCCGUCCGCGCCGCGCUCACGACUCUCCCGCAGGACCCGGUCGUCCUCCCCGGCACGGUGCGCGACAACCUCGACCCGGCAGGCCACAUCCCCGACGCCGACCUCAUCGCGGCGCUGCGCAAGACGCGCGUCUGGGACCCCGUCGAGGCGCGUGGCGGGCUGGACGCCAACAUGGCCGAUACGGGUCUGUCGGCGGGGCAGAAGCAGUUGUUCUGUCUCGCUCGAGCGAUACUGCGCAGGCGCUGGACGGUGUUGCUGGACGAGGCGACCAGCAACGUCGACCACGCGACUGACGAGGAGGUGAGGAGAGCGCUGGAGAGUGAGUUUGCGGGGGCGACGGUCGUCGAGGUCGCGCACCGGCUGGAGGCGAUUGUGGGGUACGAUGUCGUCGUCGUCAUGCAUGAGGGGAGGGUUGUGGAGGUUGGGAACCCAAGGGAGCUGUUGGAUCAGCCAUCGCGGUUCAGGAGUCUGUGGGAUAGUCGCGGGGCUUGA